AUGUUGGCUGGAAACCGAUUUGCAGAGCUGGCGCCAUCGCUGAUGAUUGUGAUAUGGCGAGUGCUCGCUGGUAUUAUUCUGCCGCUUAUACCGACACUUGCCGUGUUCGGAAACGCGCUCGUCAUUAUCGCAGUGUUCCGAGAACGUUCGUUGCAAACCGUCACAAACAUGCUCAUUGUGAGCCUUGCUGUUUCCGACUUGAUGGUCGCGGUUGGUGUCAUGUCUUUUGGUGUCUAUUACGAGUGGAAUAAUUUUAAAUGGGAGAUUGGCAGUUUCUUAUGCCACGUUUAUCAAGCUUUGGAUGUUGCUUGCUCAACAGCCUCUAUUCUUAAUUUAUUAGCUAUUUCUCUUGACAGGUACAUAGCCAUUGGGCAUCCCAUAUCAUACGCCCAAUAUGGCGCGCGUGGUGGCCGCGCCAUGGUCUCAAUUACUGUUGUUUGGGGUGUGAGCAUCGCUGUUGCAUUGCCACUGCUCCUUGGAGUCAAUCCAAUGGAGAAUGAGCAAUGCGAACUGGCGAACCCUUAUUUCAACCUCAUAUCAUCGGUGUUUUCAUUCUUCAUCCCUUGCAUAGCAAUGAUCAUUCUCUAUACUAUCAUUUUCCGGAGGUUACGGCAACGUGAACGCGCUCGGAGCCUACGGCAAGCUCAAAAGAGUGAGACCGACAAGAUCAGCUCAGCGCUGCUCGGCGGCGCGCAAAUUGCCCGCCAAAUGGGCAAGCAUUUCAAAAAUCGCACCGACCAAAUCCUUUUGGAGAUUAGUUUUCAGACAUCCUCGUUUCCAACCAUGUCGGAUUCAUCGGAUGAGGGGUCUACGAUUUCACCAUCAUUUAAUCACAUUCUUCCGAAAAAGGUGGCAUAUCCAACGACAUCGAUUCCCGCGAUUCCUGAAGCAGGAUCAAUGCCAAAUCUUACCUUAAUAGACAAUAAAGAAGAAGAUGAUAAAAAGAAGGAGAUAUCGUUUAUGGAUUUACAUGAGACUGUUGAAUUGUUAGAUGACAAAUGCUCAUCAGCGAUAUUGGCCAGCUUUCGAUCGUUUGGGGAAGAACUGGAAGAGAUUCUACCAUUCAUAGAUGGUACGAAUAGCACAAAAGAAUCUCGCGAGCAGCUUCAUUCAACAAGGUCAAAUCCGGGUACUAAUACACGCCAUCUUGACGUAAAACCAGAAAUACGGAGUAUCAGCGUGCCCAGUAUUCAAGACGAAAAGAAAUUGAGCGAAAGAUUGACGGAAUCGAAAAUGGAAAGUACGCGGAAUUCGAAUGAAAAACGAAACGGGUCGAUCCACACGAAUCAACUUCCAUGCCCUGGUAUUCUGAUGAAGAGCAAGUCAACGACAUUGCUAAAAACGAAUGGAUUUGUAAAUAGCAAUGAGUCAAUGCGAGUUUCGCCCAAAAAAAGUCUCGCCGAUUUAUUGACAAAUGAGGAGUACUCAUUUUCGGAUUCUGUAAGAGUCUACAAGAAUCGGCUAUUUAAAAGUUUGAGUCGAGCUACUAGUGGCUGGUCGAAGCCUCGCCCAACUCGGCAUAUUGUCAAAAAGGCGACCAAGCAAAUGAGACGGGAGCAUAAGGCUACAGUAACGCUAGCAGUUGUCUUAGCGGUAUUCCUAAUUUGUUGGCUCCCAUUCUUUAUUCUCCACCUUACCAAUUCAAUUUGCUUAAUUCGAGAUGGCAACAAUAGUUGCAUCGGGUUACUUCCACUAUAUCUCGCAACAUGGCUCGGCUACCUCAAUUCCUCGUUGAACCCGCUUAUCUAUACGGUUUUUGAUCAGCGAUUCCGGAACGCUUUCAGGAAUAUUUUGUCUUGUGGUUUGGCCAGGAAGCAUUGA